GGCGCGGAGGGGCGGGGGGACUCCAUCUCCCAGCGUGCUCAGCGCGGGAGCGGACCCGGAGCGGCGCGAGGCCCCCCCUCUGCGGACGCCAGCUCCCGUCCCGGUGACCACCCCCCGGGGAGGGGGGGGCUCCGUGCCAUGGCUGCCGGCCCUUUGGCUGGUGCCGGCCCUUUGGCUCGUGCCAUCCGUGCCAAGCUAGCCGCUGCCCUGCAGCCCACCCACCUCCAGGUCCUGGAUGAAAGUUCCCGUCACGGCGGCCCCCCCGGUGCCGAAACCCACUUUGCGGUGGUGGUGGUGAGCGGGCGUUUCGCCGGGCUGCCCCCGCUCCAGCGGCAUCGCCUGGUGCACGCCGCCCUGCGCGCCGAGCUGGCCGGACCCCUGCACGCCCUCGCCGUCGUCGCCAAGACCCCCGAGCAAUGGGAGAAGGACCCUCGCGUCCCCCCCCGACCCCCGUGUUUGGGGGGGUCCAAGCAGGAGCGGCGCGGGGAUGGGGAGGAGUCGCCCAGGAAUCAGUGAGGGCAGCACCGGGGUUGGGGGGGGUCAGGGGUGUGGGGUCCCAUCCACCCCCCCCCCACCACCACCCCGGUGACGCCGCGGUGAGGAUGGAGCUGAAUUUUGGGGGGGGGGGGGGGGAGGCAAAAUAUGGGGGUGACCCCACCAGCCCGCAUCGCGUCGGUCCCACCCGCCGCACAACGGCUCCCCCCCGACCCUGUGGGGGGGAUUUUAGGGGUGCCGCCCCCCCCCCCCAUUUAAUUUAAUUUGUUAAUCUCGGGUGCAUCCCCCCCCGCACCCCAAAAUAAUAAACGCUCGGA